AUGGAACAACUUCAUGAAUAUUUAUUGAAGAAUGGGUGGGUAAGAGGUGCGGUGAAUCAUGGUGAAAUGGUUUCUUCUUCAACAAGUAAUUUGGAUAAAUGGCUUGCUGAUUUUGAGAGAAAGAGAUUGAAUCCAGAGAGUGGAUUAGAAGACAAUAAAGAUGGCAGUGCUAAAUAUAUUGCAAAAAUAUUGGCGAUGAUGCCCAUAAAGAAACGGGUUCCUCAGCUAGAAAAAGUAAUGGUUGAUGGAACAAACGUUCGUGAAAAUUUGCUAAAACAUGGAUGGUUUGCUGUGCCUGCAGUAAAGCGUGAUACAUGUGAAGCAAGCAAACCUCCAUUCAACCAGAAGAAAGAGGAGGGAACAUCAGGCAUGGGAAUGGAUGGGAAACUGGAGAACAGGCAAGAACCUAAGAACGACAUAGAGAGACUACUGAACAUGCUGGCUUCAAAGAAAGAACCAACGAAAGCUAGCAAAUACCAGGGAUCAGUAGAUAAGUUGAAAAUUCAGGAGAAUUUGUUGAAACUUGGGUGGUUCAAAAAGAAUGACGAACCUACAGCAUCGGAUGGAGAUUCGGCUUCUAACACACCAGUAUCUGCUGCCGACAAUAUGACUAACCUUGAUAAGUGGUUAAAAGACUUCGAAGAUCAAAGAAACAAAAACAUUCAAGUCUUGGAAUCUGCAGUUUCUACUGCUGUUAAUAAUGAUGUGGAAAAGCUUUUGGAUACGCUUUCUUCAAAAAAAAUUCCUCUUCAUGUUAAAAGAAGUCAAGGCACAAUGGACAAAACCAAGCUCAGAGAGAGUCUUCUCGAAAAUGAUUGGUAUGCUGCACCUAGCAACAAACUGUCUGAACCUACAACUAAAACAGCUGCUCUUGACAAACCUGGAUUUGAUGCUCAUUCCAUGGAAAGGGUAAAGAUUACAGCUAUCCAACAACGCAUUAGGCAGCUGGAAAACGAACAACCUGAACAACUCGAGGAAAUAACACAUUCAAGUUACAUUGAAAAUGUUUUGAACAUGAUUGGAGCAAAGAAUCGACAAGAAGUAGUAGCUAAUAAUAAGGGAAAGGUCGACAAGGAAGAAUUAAAGAAGAGUCUACUAACAAAAGGCUGGUAUAUCAGGAACGCGGAAACCAUGAAUUCUGUUGACACUACUGCUGAAAACCCCAAUAUACUUAACGAUUACAGCAGAACAACAGAAGGCAUAAAAUCUACCAGUGACUCACCAAGAAAUGCUGAAAUUGAUGAUGUAGCUACUGACCCUCGAGAAGCUGUUAAUGAUGAAACUAAUACCGAAAUAACAUCUUUAAAACCAAAAGAAGAAACAACCGUUUCUAAGGUUCCAAAAAAUGUAUCUCACCGAAUUAUUAAGAUCAAAGAAAAGAAGAAGAAAUUAUAUGUAGAGAGGUGGUUAGAAGGCAUCCAAGAGUCAGCUACCAGCCAUAAAAGAGCUCAUGAUAAAAAUAAAAAGAAUCUUGGAAAAGUACAGAAAAGGUCAGCUGGAGCUAAAGCAAAAUCAUCAAAGAAAACCAGAUCUCAUGAAGCUGCCAUCCAAAGUCGGCAUCUGAUCACAGUGGUUACAGUUCCCGAAUCCACUUCCAAGAAUGAGAUACAAGCAGGGAUAAUUUUGAUAUCAGUUAUAUUUGGUUGGAUCUUGAGUGUAAUAUUGACCUACGCUGGAGUAUUAUCGUCUGAUCCUAACAGUACGAAGUAUUAUGCUAGAACAGACGCGAGAAAUGAGAUUUUUUUCCCAUAUCCAUUUAUUUUGUCACAGUUACAGUUUAUGAAUUUAAAUGACACGAGAAAUCUUGCUAUAUUAGGAAUCAGUGUGUUAGUGGGAUUCAUGCUACCUCACUGGGUAGAAAAACGACCCGAUGGCUUAAAUACCGGUAGCAGAGAAUCUCGUGGACUGGAGGCACAGCUUGGAGGUGAAGAUACUGUUGGGAAACCACUAGAGUUUUUAGAAGGGAAGGAAGUGUACGAUAUUCAAUGGUUACCAAAAUGGUUUAAAAAUUCAACCUUAGCUAGAUUGAGUCCCAUGCUACCAAAUCAUACAGAAAGCCAGGAGGACGAAGGGCAAUUUAAGAAGAAAUAA